AAAUAAAAAUUGAUUGCGAAAAUGAGACAAAAAUAAUUUGUUAAAGAGAAAAAUCUCAAUGGGUAAUUUAAUAAAUAAAUUUUCCAAAAGUUAAAUUCAGUUCAAUAAAUGGUCUAUUGUUUCAUGAUCAUAAAAGGAGUAAAUUAAUAUUGAGAAUUUCUGAAGAAAAUAAUUUCACUCAAUUUACAAUAUCUUUUAUGAACCAGGAAAGGUUCAUCAUAGUAACAGCCCACAUUAAUGCCAAAAUGAUGUAAAUGGCAUAUGAAUGCGUCAGAAAUGAAUUGACAUCAUAGUUUCAUAAUUCUUUAGUAACACACCAUGUUAUCAGUGACCUUAAACCCCUUCUUCAGCAAAGCAUCACAUAUUAUGUCAGUUCUUACAAAAUGUAUUUCAUAAAAAAAUAUCAAAGAUCUAUAAAUUGGCUACAUCUCUUAUUCUUGAAGUAUGGAUGAACAGGUAAUGCCCGUCUUGUCGGAUCCAGUACGUGCCAAGAGUUUGAUCCGAGCGAACUUAGAAAGGCCAAGCGUUCAUCUUCGCAGCAGAAUGCCAAACAUAAAAGUUUUUAGCGGGACUUCUCAUCCCGACCUCGCGCAAAGAAUUGUUGAUAGAUUGGGAAUAGAUCUUGGAAAGGUUGUAACAAAAAAUGUGGAAAUUGGAGAGAGUGUUCGUGGGGAAGAUGUUUAUAUUGUGCAAAGUGGCAGUGGAGAAGUAAAUGAUAAUUUGAUGGAACUUCUUAUUAUGAUAAAUGCCUGCAAAAUCGCAUCAGCUUCUCGAGUGACUGCAGUUAUACCUUGUUUUCCAUAUGCUAGGCAGGACAAAAAAGAUAAGAUAAUGACAACAUUAUUUCAAAGAGUAAAUCUAAUCACUGUUUUGUGUGUAGUUUAUGCAGCUAUUUCAUCUACCAUUUUUCUGUUGGGUCAACUACAAGUAUUUCAAACUGUUUCGUUGAAAGGCAGGUUUCAUUUUAAGUUUGUUGUUAAUGCAGACAUUGACUUUGUGACCUCACAGACUGGAGCUGACGAAGGCGGGGCUCCCACCCCUAUCCUGAAGUCCAACGAGUGGAAAUUUCGGGUAAUUUUAACUGCUAAUUUGUUUCAUUUUUAUCCUGGUUUCCACAGGACUUACAUGGAUAGACACAGCAGAAGCAGAGUUCGAUUUGUAUUAUCCGUAGUAAAUGUGUAUAUGGAUGAACUCUUCAGUUCUCAUUGUGUUGGCCUAGUUGGGAAUUUCACUGAAAAAAUUGUUAGAAUUGUCACAAUUCCUCCAGGAAUCCUCCAGGGAGCUCUGGGCAGACCAUUUAUUUUUGUGAUGAAUUUUCAGGAUUUUGCUCCUGUUCUAACUGCAAGUCGGGCACCUAUAUCUGCGAAGUUGGUUGCAAAUAUGUUGUCUGUGGCUGGAGCAGACCACAUAAUCACAAUGGAUCUUCAUGCAUCCCAAAUUCAGGGUUUUUUUGAUAUACCCGUUGAUAACUUGUAUGCAGAGCCAGCAGUAUUGAAGUGGAUCAAAGAGAACAUUCCAGAAUGGCGUAACAGUAUAAUAGUAUCGCCAGAUGCUGGUGGUGCGAAAAGAGUGACUUCUAUUGCUGAUCGUCUGAACGUUGAGUUUGCUCUCAUCCACAAGGAGCGGAAGAAGGCCAAUGAAGUUGCUGCAAUGGUCUUAGUUGGUGAUGUUAAGGAUAGAGUGGCAAUUUUAGUAGAUGAUAUGGCCGACACAUGCGGCACAAUAUGUCAUGCUGCUGAGAAGUUAUUAGAAGCUGGUGCCACAAAAGUGUAUGCAAUCUUGACUCAUGGCAUUUUCUCUGGCCCAGCAAUUUCAAGAAUCAAUUAUGCAUGUUUUGAAGCUGUUGUGGUAACAAAUACAAUCCCUCAAGAACAACACAUGAAAGAUUGUCCCAAGAUUCAGUGCAUUGAUGUAUCAAUGAUGUUUGCGGAGGCAGUGAGGCGCACCCACAAUGGAGAAUCUGUUUCUUACUUAUUUUCUAAUGUACCAUAUUAAGAUCUUAUUUUGUAUCUUUCCAAUAUAAUUAAAUGUACACAUGCCUAUAUUUGCAAUGUAUGUAUGCAGUGUUCUAGUUAUUUGUCAUACAUGUACGCAAGUGGGGGCUUGCAACUGAAUCUCUUCUGCCAUGAUAAAAUUAAUAAUACAGUAAAGCCUGUGUGAGGCAGAAACCUGCUUUGGCUCAGAGAAAAAAAAUUCCAGAAUGGGCACAAUAUGCAAAGAACAAGGAAAAAAACAAAUAUUGCUUUAAAAUGAAACAUUGACUCUUAGUGUCACAACAUUAUACCAUGAGAGACUCAGAGCUACCCUCAUCCGAAAGCAGAUACAUAUAUAUUUGUAAUAGUACUGACCUUCACAUGCGUGAAUGGGUGCAAAGAAACAACUUCCACAGUUUUUGUGAUGUGAGCUUUGGGUCAGGUGGUAAAUUAAUAUAUUAACUGUUGAGUAAAUUAGACAAAUUGAAAAACAA